GUGGAUCUGUAGAAGAAAUAUGUGCCGUACAUUAUCUAAUUUACAGUGUUACUUUAAGACAUUCUUGUGAUAUGGACUAGGAAUACACUGAAGAAAUAUAUAUCACAGUGUGGUCAGUGUUGACACUGCUUGUUUGUGAUGUCCGAUGCCACUCAGCUUCCUGAGUGACAAUAGAUGCUGGACGAAGUCAGCUGGCACCUACCGAGCGGGCGAACUUAAGUGGCACUGUAAACAUGUGUGGUGAAGAAUUUAACACCCAGAGGGAGUACCACUAACUUAAAACUGAAACUUGAAGCUCUCCUUUUUGAUGUCUGGGGUGACAUCAAGUUUACCGCGGAACUGGUGUUCGCCUGCGUCACGGAACUGAUAGUAGGAACGCCAUGCAUGAAGGCGGAGCCUACUGGUUUUCCUGCCACAACUCACCCAAAAACAGAAAAAAAUCUACCUUAACAUCGUCUCACGCACCGUCCUCCUGGCCCCAUGACCGGAGUUACGGUCGCGAGGACCCUCCCGCCACCUGGCUCUACCUGACGGUGUGGCUGGCAGGGGUCCUGGUCUACGUCAAUGGCCUCACGGGAGACUUCGUCCACGAUGACGUCAGCGCCAUCAAGACCAACCCAGACGUCUUGGGGACCAACCCGCUCCACCAGAUCUUCUUCAAUGACUACUGGGGCAAGGCUAUGUCAGACCCUCUCUCUCACAAGUCAUACCGUCCCUUCACCAUCCUUACAUUCAGGAUCAAUCACCUGUUGUUCGGGUUGCGACCAGUGUUGUUCCAUGCGGUGAACCUGUUGCUGCACUCCUGCGUCUGCGUGCUGCUGACGCGGCUGCUACUGCGUCUGCUGCGCCUCCCCCAGGGUACCGUCCUCUCAGCGGCUCUCAUCUUCGCCACGCACCCCGUCCACACCGAGGCUGUGACGGGGCUGGUGGGACGAGCAGACCUGCUGGCUGCCCUGGCAUUCCUCGCCUCCAUCUUCUCUUACCACAGUGCAAUUGAGACCGACAGAGUGAACCCGAACUAUGAAGAUGGAAUCGACGACGAAGGAGAAUCAGCAGGUGAAGGAGGAGGAGGGGAAGGAAGAAGCCUCGGCUCAGGCUGGGAGAACACCAGAAGAGAGAUACCGGGCAUUGUGAGGGAAGGAAUAGGAGAUGGAGGAGAAGGAGAACGGGAAGGAGGAGAAGGGAAUAAAGAGUGGGUGUGGGUGCAGAGAGCGGGGAUGGUGACUGGAGUGGGCACACUGUGCAAGGAGCCGGCUCUCACCGCCCUGCUAGCCUGCGCCGCCUGGGAUGUCAUCCUUCACAGGAAACACGUCAGGAGAUUAUUUGGUCAUCAGUCAACAAUGAAACACUUGAGGCCUCUUGUACGGAGGCUCUCACGGCUCUGUUUGAUGGGAGCAGUUAUCUUGGUCUUCCGUCUCUGGAUGCUGAGAGGAGCGUCACCUAUCUUCAGCGACCAGGACAACCCAGCAUCUUUCUCUCCAUCCUUCUUAACCAGACUGCUGACGUUCCUGUACCUGCCAGCAUUCAACGCUUGGUUGUUGGUGUGUCCCUGGAGGCUGGCUCACGACUGGCAGAUGGGUUCCAUCCCUCUGGUCACCUCCUUCACCGACCUCAGGCUGGUGGCUUCGAUCGCCUUUUAUGCCGCCAUCCUGCUCAUCCUGAGAGCUGGAUGCCUGCUGAAGGGUAGGGAAGGUCAGGCGCUGCUGCUGGGCUGGUCGCUGCUGGUGCUGCCCUUCCUACCAGCAACCAACCUCUUGUUUCCUGUUGGCUUCGUGGUUGCUGAGAGAAUCCUUUACAUUCCCAGUGUCCAAUCAGUGAUGCUGUGCUUCUUGUGGUGCAUCCCCAGCUUGGGUUACUCUGUGCUGGUGAGUGUGGGUAUGUCUCGCGUGGGAAGACUGAGAGCACCUUGCCUCCUCCUGCUGCUGCUCGUGUUCUCCUGCAGGACCGUACACAGGAAUCGUGACUGGGAAUCCAGAGAGACGCUCUUCCUGUCGGGGCUGAGAACUCUGCCACACAACGCCAAGAUGCACUACAACUUCGCCAACUUGCAGAAAGACCUUGGCAACACCGACUUAGCAAAGUUUCACUACACUGAGGCUAUCAGGCUGUGGCCAAGACAUUCCAGCGCCCACAAUAACCUGGGAACUCUGGUCAAGAACACUUCCCAAGCUGAGAAACAUUUCUGGUUGGCGCUGAAGGCACAUCCCCGCCACUCUCACGCUUUUUACAACCUCGCCCACCUCAGGCAACAGCAGGGCCGUGUUGGAGAGGCGGUGGCGCUGUUGGAGGAGAGCCUGAGGUACGACUCCACCAACACUGAAGCCGUAUCUAUACUGGCUGGACUCUACAGGGACACUGGACGCUACACUGAGGCGGAGAACCUGCACUUGUCGCUGCUGGCAGCACGUAGCACAGACCCAGCUGUAUAUAACAACUACGCCGCCUUCCUGCAGAAGAGCGGUCGUGGUGAGGCAGCACUGCAGCACUACCAGACAGCGCUCCUGUUGGACCCACAACACAGGGAGACGCUAGUCAACACUGCUACGCUCCUGGCGACCCUCCACCGCAACAACCAGGCAGAAAUGCUCUACAAGAGAGCACUGGCGGUGUCGUGGGAGGCUGAGACAGGAGAGAGUCUGGGUAAGCUGUAUCUGAACACGGGUCGUCUGGAGGAAGCUGAGAGCGCUUUCAGGACCGUGUUGACGCACCACCCAGAGAGCCUCUCCUCAAGGGUCUACCUGGCGCAGGUGAAGCAACAGCAGCGGUGUUACCUGCAGAGUGAGGAGUUGCUACAGCAGGUGCUGAGCCGUGAUCCAGCUCACCUGGAAGCUCUCUUCCAGCUCUCACUAGCUCUACACUUCCACUAACCACACUCA